GACUCCGGUCGCAUUGUUCAGCUCCAUCCCACAUUACACCGCGCUCCACCCGGUCCUGAAAGUGACAGCGCCUCUCCAUCCCUGCUGCUUUAUCGCGCUGUGAUCUCUCUCUCUCACACACACACACAGACACACACUCAUCUCAAGGAUCUCUCCAUCCACGCUAUGUCUUUCCAGGGCAAGAAGAACAUCUCCCGUGCUACGAGUGACAAGAUCGUCAUCAAAGGAGGAAAAAUUGUGAAUGAUGACCAGUCAUUCUACGCUGAUAUCUUUAUCGAGGAUGGGAUCAUCAAGCAGAUUGGGGAGAGCCUCAUCAUUCCCAGCGAGGUGAAGACUGUGGAUGCCUAUGGGCACAUUGUCAUUCCAGGGGGCAUUGACGUAAACACCAGCUUCUUGACUCCCCAUUUGGGAAUGAUGCCUGCUGAUGACUUUUACCAUGGCACGCGUGCUGCUCUGGCAGGAGGCACUACUAUGAUCAUUGACCAUGUUGUUCCUGAGCCUGGCAUUAGUUUGCUGACAGCAUAUGACCAGUGGCGGGACAUAGCAGAUAAGCGAUCAUGCUGUGACUACUCGCUACACAUGGACAUCACCCGCUGGCAUGAGGGAAUGUUCGAAGAGCUUGAAACUCUGGUCAAAGAUCAAGGUGUUAACUCCUUCUUGGUUUUCAUGGCUUAUAAGGACAAGUAUCAAUGUUCAGAUUCGCAGAUGUAUGAGAUUUUCUCCAUUCUGAGAGAUUUGGGGGCAAUCGCUCAAGUGCACGCUGAGAACGGGGACAUUAUUGAAGAGGAGCAGAAGAGGUUGUUGGAUCUUGGGAUCACAGGACCUGAGGGACAUGCACUAAGCCAUCCUGAGGAGGUGGAGACAGAGGCUGUGUAUCGAGCCAUCACCAUUGCUAAACAGGCCAACUGUCCUCUCUACAUCACCAAGGUGAUGAGUAAAGCUGCUGCUGAUAUCAUCGCCAAAGCCAGGAAAAAGGGCAUGGUGGUUUAUGGAGAGCCAAUUGCAGCCAGUCUCGGAACAGAUGGGUCACACUAUUGGAGCAAAAACUGGGCCAAAGCUGCAGCCUUCGUCAUGUCUCCACCUCUCAGUAUUGAUGAGGGAACCCCAGACUACCUCAAUUCUAUGCUGUCCUGUGGGGAUCUUCAGGUGACAGCCAGCGCUCAUUGCACAUUCUCCACAGCUCAGAAAGCUGUAGGCAAAGACAAUUUUACACUUAUUCCUGAAGGGGCCAAUGGCAUUGAAGAACGCAUGAGCAUCAUCUGGGACAAGGCUGUGGCAACAGGUAAAAUGGAUGAGAAUGACUUUGUGGCAGUGACGAGCACAAACGCAGCCAAGAUUUUCAACCUGUACCCUCGAAAGGGCAGAAUCGCUGUGGGCUCUGAUGCUGAUCUCGUCAUCUGGAACACCAAAGAGACCAAAACUUUCUCAGCCAAAACUCACAAUCUGACUGUAGAGAUGAAUAUCUUUGAGGGCAUGGAGUGCAAGGGCUUUCCAAUGGUAGUCAUCAGCCAAGGCAGUAUUGUUCUCGAGGAUGAAAAGUUGGAUGUGGUUGAGGGUUCAGGUCGCUUCGUCCCCAGAAAAGCCUUUCCAGAUUAUGUCUACAAAAGGAUCAAAGCCCGGAGCAGGAUGGCAGAGGCUCGUGGUGUUCCUCGAGGAAAUUAUGAUGGUCCAGUCCAUGAUGUCAUCAGUAUGUCUGUACCACCCACUCCCACCACCAGAGGGUCCUCCUGUCCAGGGAAGAGUGUGUUGGGCCCAGCUAGAAACCUGCACCAAUCAGGAUUCACCCUGUCUGGAACACAAAUGGAUGACCACAUCCCCAGGCGUACAGCACAACGGAUUGUAGCGCCACCUGGAGGCAAAUCCAACAUCACGUCCCUCUCUUGAGGUGCGUCCAGCGAAGAAAAACAUGCAAAUAUCCACAAUCGGCUUCCAGUUAAUUAUAUAACAAUAUUAUCAUGCAAGCAACAAUUUCUUUACAACCUCUCUACAACUUCUUCAUUUCCAAACUGCAAAGCCCAUAACGUAGCAUGAAACAUGUAUCAGAAAUGUCCAUAACCCCAUACUCUGUCCUAAGAACAUAUUCUGCUUUCACAUACAAGUAGCACUCAUGACGUGAUGGAAAUGAAUAGUAAGUGACUGUAAUGUUUGUAUUAUACUGGAUAGAUGACAUCCUAUGUUGCCUUUGAACCAGUGCUUUUCCUGUCUGAUGUGUUUGAGACUGGAUUUUUCAAGAGGGGCUCCGUGUCCAUGUCUGUAUUUCGAACAAGCUACAUGUAGAUUGUCUUAGCUUCGUAAUGAAAAAAAUAGAAUUGGUGAAGUAGGUGUGUAUGUUAGUAAAGUAAUAAGGAGCCUUUACACCAGUGGUUUUGGAGUGUUAAAUAUCCAAGGCCUUAUCUUUGAAAAAAGGAACGUGUAAGAAGCAGUGGACUGUGAUUUAUUGCAGGUGAAAAGUCAUUGCCCUCCUUCCAUCGGCAUCAGUUUGGUCAUUUUAGUGUUUCUAACGUGAAACAUUUGGUGCUCUUUAACAUGCUACCCUGAAGAACAGAACACUUUUUAGUCCUUAAUGUCUUGUCUCUUUUAACGUAAACCUCUCGUUUUUACUUUUCAAAGGGCUUUAAUUACAAACGGCCAUUUUUAUAGCCAAUAUAUAUAUAAAAUAUUAAAAACUAUCUGAUUUUCAAAUGAGUGAUGCUCUGAUGAAAGGAAGCCAGUCAAUAAAUUGUUGUUUUUUAAUUAAUUUUUAUUUAUUUCUGUUUUCCGUCUGUAAAUAUAUUAUACAUUCUUAACUGCAUGUUCAACAUGUUCAACCAAUAAACAGGUUUUU